UACUGCAAGUUUGUGGUUGAAUUAGCUUUUUGGGUAUUUCUUAAUUAGGUUUGUGAAGCGUAUAAAAAGGGUUGAAAAAAACGACAACUUAAAAUAAAAUUAAAAAAAAAACCUUUUAUAAAAGCAUCAAGAAGAAAAAUGUUUAGUCUUAUUUUUUUCAUAAUUUCUUCUCAGAUUUUUCUUGGAGCAGCAAGUUCGGAACAUUUUGCAAGUGAUAACAAUGAGGCAGAUAUUGAAAAUACAGUAAAUGAUAACGAAGAUGAAUCCAGUAACGAGAUCAGCGAAGAGUUAUCUCCUAAUAAAAUGAAUGAUUAUGGUGGAGGCUACGGAGGAAAAUACGGUGGAGGCUACGGAGGAAAAUACGGUGGAGGUUACGGUGGAGGCUACGGAGGAAAAUAUGGUGGGGGUUACGGCGGAGGUUAUGGAGGAAAAUAUGGUGGAGGUUACUAUAAAAAAGAAAUGUAA